GGUUUGUCGUCAUCGGUUUCAUGUUCUUCGCUCAGCACCACGUCUGCGACGCGUACUUUGUCCCAGCGAUCAACGUGUUCGUCACCGCGAUGCGGAAGAGCAAGUCCAAGUUCGCCCAAAGGUGGGGCGAGGAAGCCGUGGCUGGAGCGACGAUCUGCGCGCUCGGAUGCAACGGGCCAGAGCUGUUCACGAACCUGAUCUCAUUGUAUACUGGCUCGGACGCAGGAAUUGGCGUCGUCGUUGGGUCCGAGAUCUUCAACCUGCUGAUCAUCGUUGGCGCCGCCACCAUCUGCGCCCCCAUUCUGCCUCUCCAGCUUGAGCGAGUCCCGUUUGCGCGAGACUGUUUCUUCUACGGUUUGUCUAUCUGUCUAUUGUACGCGUUUUUGCAGGAUAAAACGAUCGAGUUCUGGGAGGCAGCGAGUCUCCUGGCAGCGGCUGCCGUGUACGUGAUGACUGUGUACUUCACCACAGACAUCGUCAACUGCAUCUGGGGGAAGCCUGAGGGGUUGCUUGAUGCGGAAGAUAAGAAGCCAGAGGGCAAAAUGCACGGGGUCAAGGUAAACGUGGAGCAGAUUCUGCACGGACGAAUGGCCGACGGUCACGGCGCAGGCGCCUCGGCCGUGUGGGACAUGGACGCCAACAGGGCGGGCAUCGUCGCGGAGCCGAUCGACGAACCCAAGGCGGCGGUCGACCAGGCUUUGAUGCGAGGGUCCAUCGGCUUCCAGAUGGCAGGGACCGGUCACGACGACAUGCUGGAGUACGAUAAUCUCUCCGAGGUGGUGGUGGGGGAGAUGGGUGUCAUCGAGCUUCAGUUCAUCAAAGGGUUCAUGCACAAGACCCUGAGGGUGACCGUUGUGGAGGACGAUCCAGAGGAGUCCAAUGAUGCGGCGAACCUGGCGCCGUCGAACUCCAUUCCAAGGUCGAAACACGACUUGCUGCUGAACAACAUCGUGAAGUUCUCCAAGCAGCGCGGUGCUGAGCUAUACCUUCACCCUUACGAUGCCACCAUCAAAGGUGCGAUCGAGCACUUCAGGCACACGAUGGUUGCCAAAGAUGCGAAGUUGUCCGACAAGCUGUUCGCCAUCCCUCACUUUCUGAUUGACUUUGUGCUGAAGGGCUCCCUCUUCGCGGUCGACGUCAAGGACAAGAGGAGGCAGGGCCGCUGGCCGCUGUGCUUCGCAGGGGCGAUGUUCUGGCUUGCCGUGUUCUCGUACCUGAUGCUCGAGGUCGCGGAGCAGAUUCACUACAACAUACCCGCGUUGCCGAAUUCUUUCUUGGGCAUCACGGUUUGCGCAAUCGGCACCUCUUUCCCCAACGCGGUCGCGUCCGUCCUCAUGGCUCAGCAGAACAAGCCCGCCGCCGCGAUCGCGAACGCGCUCGGCUCGAACGUGCAGAACGUGUUCCUGGCGAUGGCGCUGCCCUGGGUAAUCUACUCCUGCCAGAACGGGUUCGCGCCCAUCGAGCAAAACGUGAAGGGCAUCACCGAGGGAGUAUACUGGAUGAUGGGUACGCUGCUUCUGGUCAUCGUGUUCGUCCUGGCACCGCCCGUCUGCAGUAUCUACAAGAGUUACGGCUAUAUUCUUGCGGUGAUCUAUGUCUUGUAUCUGAUUCUCACGAGUGGCGAGGUCUUCAAGUGGUGGCCGCCCUUGGUGGCUGAAUGAGUGUCGCACGAGGGGUCGAUGGGCAGUGAUCAUCCCUUUUCAUUCUCCUUCGGUACUUUCGCUGCUGAUGUACAUUUGUCAAGGCUCUCGCUUGACCAUCACGACAGAACAGGACAAGUGCCCCUAGGCAGCGCAAUAGAUUCAAUUCGUGUCGAGAGGGAGUCCUCCAC